GUUCGACAGCUGGCAUUGACAAUGAUUUGACAUGCCUGUAACUAGCUUCACACCGUAGUGUUUGCUUCUGCCAGCCAUGUUGACCUGUGUGAGACUGUAUUUUCAGAAUUUCGCUAGAACUUAAGGGUGCAUCUGUUUAAAUAAGAAACAUUAUGCCCAAGUGUGAUGUUAAAACUAGAUAUAUACCGGCUACAUUUGCAUGGACGUUGCUCAUCGUUGCCACCUCUUUAUUCUUUUAUUAUCCGGCCCAGUAUUAUCUCGCAGAUCACCCAUGGGUUCCAGCGUGCCAAGGUGUUAUCACUUUCUUCGUCUUAGCGAAUUUCACUUUAGCAACUUUUAUGGACCCAGGAGUUAUACCCAAAGCACCUCCUGAUGAAGAUAGGGAAGAUGAUUUUAGAGCACCUCUUUACAAAAAUGUUGACAUAAAUGGUAUUACUGUCAGAAUGAAAUGGUGUGUUACAUGUAAAUUUUACAGACCACCAAGGUGUUCUCAUUGUAGUGUAUGUAAUCAUUGUAUAGAGACUUUUGACCAUCAUUGUCCAUGGGUCAAUAAUUGUAUUGGAAGAAGGAACUACCGAUUCUUCUUUUUCUUCCUCAUAUCAUUAAGUAUACACAUGAUUAGUAUCUUCACAUUGAGCCUCAUCUUUAUACUAAAGAAUGGGGACGUUUAUACUAAACCACAGCCAAUUAUAGCUAUGGUAUUAAUGGCACUUGUGGCCUUACUUUCCAUACCAAUAUUUGGGUUGACAGGUUUUCACAUGGUAUUGGUAUCCAGAGGUCGAACUACGAACGAACAAGUAACUGGGAAAUUCAAAGGUGGUUACAACCCUUUUUCUAGAGGUUGUUGGGACAAUUGUUGUUAUACUCAGUUUGGUCCACAAUUUCCAAGUUUAAUAAAACCACAUAAAUAUCACAUAAAACGAAAGCAUUGUCCACAUGGUCCAAUUGCUACGAUUACGAACGAAAGUCAAGUCAAAACUUAUAUGGAUAAUAGUAAUGGAGUUAGAAAUAUUAAUUCUAAUGCAUAUAAUAAAAUGUCACCGGGUCGUGACGGGUGCGAAUUAGACAUGGAACCUUCAGCGUCCCAAUCUCAAGACUGUGAACCGACGCCCCCAUUACAGAGGCACGGCUCAAAAAGCAAUUUCUUCCUACCGUCGGCGGCUACUGUCGACGUCGAAUCUCCAAGGCACCCAACACAAGUGUUGCCAACUCCAGGCAGGCCGAUGCCUCUUUACACUCGUAGCAGUCCCCAUCCUCGACCGAGAGGAUUAGAUUCGAAUCGCAGCGGUACUCCCGAUGCUUUAGGAGGACAACAAAGGCCGUCGCCUACGAUGCAGCAGAGGAUAAAAGCGUUAGGAGUACCAACACCUUUGACUCUUUCUACACCAGUCAGACGAUCUAACCCAAGUACUCCGACUCAGCCUCGAAGACCAGACUUCAUCGGUGUGGUUUACUCAAACCAAACCCCCCAGUACUACGACUUCCAGUCCCAGGAUAACCCUGUCCAACGCCAGAUGAUGCCCCAAGGAUACGGUAGUCCUCAACGUCGCUUCAUGUCCGAAGGAGAAUUGGUAAGACAAGAAGCCCAACUUUCGUACCCUAGAUCAAAUAAUACUGUGGAUAAUAUUAGAGAAUUAGCAAAUUCGCCCCAAAGAGGUGUUUAUAUGUGGAAAGACACUUCUCCCGGCUAUCCCCCAUCAGAUUUUUAUCGUUCGAACCCUACUAGUCCUACACAACAGUACACUACUCCUCCUAGAACCUACCACCCCGCUGCGAGAGGCGGCGUACCCGUUUAUCCGCCGCAAAGUCCUCAGGUGCAUAGAAAACAGUUGGGAGCGGGUACACCCACCAUAACGGAUAAUAGAAGAAGACCAAUGUCGUUUGUAAGGGCGUUGGAAAUGUCCGAUACAGUAGAUACUUCCCAGUGCUCAAGUCACAUGUCCCAAAGGCCCGCCACUCCAGAUCGUACUAGUAUUUAUGACAUGAACUAUGAAAUUUCGGUAUAGGGUCGGUGUAGGCACUCUCGCUACGCCGAAUGAGUGCAUCUAGUUUCUCUGCAUCAGAGAAUGAGGUAAACAUUCCGUUUACUGUUUUAUUUUAUUUUCAUUCGGGUAUUGUGAAUUUUGCGGACGUGAUUAUUUAUGCACCUAAAAAAAAAAUAGCAUUUUAGAGUAAUUGAAAGGAAUCACGUUAGCAAAAUUCACUCAGUCUGUUCUCCAUCCCACGGACCUUAAAUAAAUAGAGAUCAAAAGUAGGGUGUGCUGGAAGCAAGUGUGGUGUAUUCAUAUUUCAAUUUAAAUUUCGAAUGUAAUUUUUAACGGGUUUAAAAUGAUCGUUCUUAAGUAAACGGUGUAUUCUUGGUGCUAAUAAUAGAAUACCCACUCAACGUAAUUAAAUAGUUUCUUUUUCGGUGGAAGUAAGUUUAUGUAGCAACAAAUAUAACCUGACAUGACACAUUUUGAAACUAACUACUAAUUUUCCCCAUGUAUAAUUAACAAAAAACCGUUGGACUAAUAGUUAUGUGGAAAUAAUAAGUAUGUUUGUGAUUAGGAUGUCAUGUACACUGCGAAGUUGGAAUUUCUGGAACCGUUGGCGAUAUUCAUACUGAAUACAAUGUUUACACAAACACUCACAAUUACAGUGUCUGUCGCGCGUUUCGAUAACCAAGUUAUCGUCUUGAAGGUAAAUAGUCUCUGAAGACGAUAACUUGGUUAUUGAAACGCGCGCCAGACAGUGUAAUUGUGAGUGUUGGAUGUAUUGUGACCCCUUGUCAUUGUGUGCCAUUGGGGGUAGUCAUUCCAGUGGAUCUAGUAACACUGGUUAACAAAUUUUAAACUUCUGUCACGCGACAAUUUAUACCUAAUUUUGAAUGUACUAUGGCAACCAAACAAUAAUAUAUCAAUGGAAAAAAAUUGAUACAUCAUUUCUCUUCGUCACAUCAAUACGUAUAUUUUUAUAAACAAUACAAAAAUCACUAACAUUAAAAAUAUUCCUCAAUGUACAAUAAAUAACUAUGAUUUUCGUGAAGGUUUGGCUUCUGGUCGGUCCCUUUUAAGUCUCCAAAUGUUAGUUGCUAGCAUACCUGCUCUUUUUUUUCCUUGAUAACACUUUUCUAUUAAGGAAAUGUCCUGAUGAUAAAUUUCGCUUUACUCGUCAUUAACAGCACCCAAAUCCUCGGAUAAGAAAUCCAGAUGAAAGUGCGUGUAUUUUCAAAUAUAUUAUAUUCCAAAGGUUUGUAUGAAAUUAUAAGCUCAUUGAUUAAGUCUCUGUAAGCUUUUUGUUUAUGGUUUCCUAGGCAAUUUUGGACAGCAUUUACAAAACAUUUCCAGACGAGUUUUUCCAGAUCAUUCAGUUUUCCUUCAAAGUUUGUAUCCUACAUUAGUUCCCGUAUUUGUGGACCAAUAAAUAUUCCUUCUUUAAUUUUUACCUCGCUGAGUUUGGGAAAUUUCCCUUUCACUAAAGGAUCAUCUUUAACAUUCUUCUGCCCUGGAUUAAGUGAUCUACGCUUGGGCGAUACUUUCUCUAUGUAGUGACUUUUUCUGUCUCUGCUGUCCCAUACGAAGAUGAAACAGCAAUAUUUUGUGUAACCAAGUUAUAGCCUGAGCAAUGACUUUAAAAUCUCCACAAAUCUUCCAAACAUGUAUUUAAUUUUUCCAAGAAAGAACCUCAUGAUCUCGUAAGUCUCUUUCAUAUUAGAUCCAUGGGCACUGAAGGACAUUUGUUCCCGAUGCAUAGUAACAUGCUUUCAAGCUACUUUUUGAGGUGUCAUUGAACAGUCUCCAAUGGCUUGUUUGUGUGUGUGUAUGUGCGUUUGCGAGAGAGAAAAUGGCUUGGAAGCAAGUCCAUCAGCCACAUAAUUUUUCAAUGAUACUAUUUGAAUACUAAUUUUAAUAUCCUUGAUAAAAUUUACUAAUAGAUCUAAAGUUUGUAGGGUAUCAAUGCUUAAAAUGUGUGUGAGGUCUAAAGGUAACCAAUAGUUUUGUCGACAAGUGAUUGUAACAAAUUGUUUGCUUUAUAAAUGUGAUUGCUGCAUCUGAAAAAACAUGAUUGAGAUCAUCACAAGAAUUAUCAAAACCUGUACGCAGAUUGUAUAAUACCCAGCUUGGCAAGAUAGGGGGUGGGGUAUCUCCCAUGACCAGUCUUCAUUCUAUGUAUACUUAUUGAGGAAAAUUUCGAAGUUGUGUAUUUGAAAUUAUAGUUCUGAGGUGAGGGUAAGGUAAGAAUAUAAAGCUGUUACAAAAAAACUGGAUGUGUCUGUGAAACAAAAUAAUAUUUUUUUUUUGAAUGAAGGUACAUCAAAACAAUUAAAAAUUAUCACAAAGCUCAUAUGACCAUUGUAAUUACACUCAUCUUGGAAAGUUCAGGAUGUGGGAUGACUCUAGUUACCAGAAAUCUUCGUCUCCUAUUUCAUACAUUCAUAGGUGUAAAUGCUCUGAAAUUCCAGAGUCUCCGAAACUUCGAGAGAAUAUGGAUAAAGGUUUUGUUCUCAGCGUAUCAGAAUCUGCACGUUGCACUCACUCUAUAUGGGCUCUAAUCAGUAUCGGUGGACCAUCAAUGAUGCAAUUGUUUUGAAACAAAAUCCAAUGAAACAAAUGACUAAUAAACGGUUGUUAACAUUAUGACGAGCUUACUAUUGUUUAUGCUGAAAAUAAAUUCAAUUUACUAUUUAAUUGGGAUGCCUUCAUUCAUAUUUCCAACUUUAUUUUCAUUUAAUCUGCGUUUUCAUAUCAACUUCCCAAUUUGAGAGAGAAGAGACUAGUUUUUCUUUUAUUUUUGACAAUACUGUCAAUAAAUAUUUUUCCGAUAAUGAAAAUUUGGCAGCUACAUAAUCAAUAUUUCUGUCAAAUCCGUAGUAAGUUUAAUUAAAAAUUGAAUACACCGCACUUAAAUAAUUGUUGUUCAACUCCUAUGUUUAUAUUUUUAGUUAUUAUACUCUUGUAAAGACCCCGUAUUCGAGGCUUGUGUUGUUUUGUUGUUUUAAUGUUUUUUUUUGUUUAUGUUUCCUUAGCUCUAAGAAAUAUCACAUUUGUUUCUAAUUAUUAGAUUUAUGUACAAAUAAAAUUCUAACAAAAGUGAGAGGCUGAAGUGUUCCACUAUAUAUAUUUUAUUUACAGGCGGAAUUCUUACCGUUGACGGUAACAAAAAUUUAUUAAAAAAAACUUUUGUUUUAAUUCUUGAACCAUUAAAUACAGUUUUAUAUAUCGUGACAUGUUUUUUCUAUUUCUCCCUUACUACUUUUUCAUCGAACCCGAAUAUGUUGCAAGGAUAAAAAUUAACAGCUUAAACAAAUUACAAAAAAUAUGUUUUCUACUUGUCAAAUUUUUAUGCCAAUUGGGAUUCGGUGUCCUCUUCCUAUGCUCUUCUAUUCCUAGUAAGUAUUUUCAUAUCCCUGGAACAGUGAUUCCCAAUGUGAUUUAGGUGAAUCCCCAGAGGAUCACAAAAGACUCGAUAAGGUCUAACGAAAUUUCCUUCGUGAGAUCUCUUUUUAUGAACAUUGGGAUUAUAGUAAACAUUUAACAGCAGAAACUGGUCUAUGAAAACAACCGGAGCAUCUGGUCUAAAAUUUUCCUUUAUAUGGUCAUUCGGUUAUCUUCUUGGUUUUCGUUCUCGCCUUUUCUUUAAUUUGUCUACUUACAUUAUUUUCCUUGCCAUUUUUUAUUGGCUCUUAUAUCUUAUGACUAUUUUUUAUUUAUUGAUGUUUGCCACUUUGCCAUGUCAUUUCUCGUUUAUGCUCGUUUCUGAUUAUAUUUUUUCUUUUAUGUUCUUUGGUGGUAGUACGUAAACCGGGGUUACUUGAGCAUCUUUUCGAAACAUUUUUUCGAAUAAGGCACAAUGUGGUUCGAUUAUUUCGAAAAAAAAUAGUUAUACCGACAUAUCUAAAGGGCAUCGUCAGACAUAACAAAAAGGUGAAAUAUAAAUGGAUUUUUAGAAAAAUGAAUAUUGAUUGUUACCAAACUCCAAAACUUCCUGGAUUCCUAAGAAAAUCCUCGAGUUUCCAUUGACAUUUUCCCGAGAAAAUGAGAAAUGAGUCCAAAAACAAAAAAAGGAUUACCUGCCGCGAUUUUCUAAUGACGGAACAAACUUUUUUUUGCUCUUAAUCUGUUCUUUGUCUCGAAUCUUUUAAACAGCAAUCGUCUACAUUUACGUGUUUUUUCCAAAUAUCAAUCAAAAAUUCUAAAAAGAUGAUUUUUUCCAACAUUUAAACCGAUUCUGAGCAGUAAAUAUGUAAAUUAGAUGCACGAUAUACGAGGUAAACGAUAAAUUAUUAUUGCAUAUUAAUUUUUAUACUGAUCGGAAUGGAUUUAUUUUUAUUGCAUGUAAACGGUGAGAUUUCCAUAUUAAAACAACUUGUAAGAUUUUUUUUUGUUAUAACUAGUCAUUUUCGCGUAUUUUUCUUUAAGAAAGUCCUCUAGUUUCACGACCGUUUUUGCGGCUUUUUUACGGGCUAACAAUUGAAAUAAUCAAUCUCAUUGUUUUUGUAUAAUCUUUAUUACCAUUUAAGUGAGCUUUAUAAAUGUUUUGAAGUCAAAAUAUAUAACCAAAAAAAGUUCUAGUGACCGACGGGAAGAUAUCAAGUAAAAGGGGUGCUUGACGGUGACCAAGAUUGCGGCGAUUUUACUUAUCCGAAAUUAAAAAAACCAAACGGUAUUUUAAUCUUCAUAUUUGAGACUAGCGAUUGAACUAGAAUGAAUUCUCGAUUACAAAAAUUGACUUUUGAAAAUUACAUUCUAAUUUUAACUAAUUUCUUUCGCUUGUAAAAAAAAACUGUCGAAGCAAUCAUGGAAAUACUUCAUCAAUCGCUGGCUUAUAACGUAUUAAAGAUUCUGUAUAAAUUUGAUCAAGAUUGGUCCAGUAGUUUCUGAAAUAUCGUGGUCACCCUUUCGAAAAAUGAUGUUUCAAAAAAACGCAUUUGAAAGUUCACUCAUGUGAUUUAUACUAAAAUUUGCCACUGCCACAGUAAAACUGAACUAACCGACGCUUCACGGCGUCUUAGUCAAUAUUCGAAAGCGUCUGUCAACGAUCUCAACUCCCUUUUACUUGGACCUAAUUCGCAAAAGGUUCAGGUAGCAAUUAGCUUCGUAUACCUGGUCUGUUCCGGGACCAUAAUUCGUGAACCACUUUGAAUAUCGAAAAAUUCUUUGGUACACAUUUUGAAAAUGUGAUUUAUAAAAAAUUUUUUUCGACCCGAGAAACUGGAGGACGCCCUUAAUAAGAAUAAUCCAAAAAAAUUUUUCAUUAAACAGGAAAACAUUUCACGUCUGGAAAUAUUUGGUAUUUAAGUCCAUUCGACUACUAUUGAUCUAAAUAAUAAAAAAAUUCAUGUGAGUUUAAUAAAAAUAAGAUAAUAAAUAAAAUAAAAAUAAAAAAAAGAUAAUACAAAACAUACAUUGUUUGGUAUCAUAUUCUAUUAUGGUUUUAACUAUAGUUUACCUGGUUUCGAAAGAAAAUUUCCCUUCUCUUAGACUUAAUUGGGAAAUGCUUUAAUUAUGGAAUUGAAAAUAUAGAGAUCGGCAUGUCAGGCAACAUAUUAGCAUUAAGAGAAAAAAUUGCGGCGUAAAAAUGAAUUUAUUAAAAGAAAUUACAAAAUGGAUUCGGAAAGGGUUCAAAUUGAUGCCUAUUUUGAUCAAUGCAUUUACGGCAACGAUUCUUAACGGAGAAGCAGAUCUGACGAAGCAUGUCAAGAUGUCUGUGAAAAGUUUCAAAUUCUUCUUCAAUUGCAGUUCCGGAGGUCGGAAAGGGUGCUUGGUUCUUGAUACUGAUCUCAAAAGAGAGUUGAUGAGUUUUCAAAUUAUUGGCUUCUAUCUUAUAUGGGAUUUAAAUAAAAAAUUCAAAGUUGACACUUAUUGAUAAAUCAAAUUGAAAAUUUUAAGAGAGAAGAACAAAUUAUGGAGAAUCCGGUAUAUUGAAAAUAUCAGUUUUAAAAGUAGUAGGAUUUAAUGAAUAUUUAAUUGAUAAAUUUGAAAAAAAUUUUACGACGAAAAGAAAAAAACGAAGUAUUUAAAUACCUUGACUGAUUCGUCAACGAUUUGUGAAAACAGAAAAUAAAACGAAAGAACUUAAAUAACUUCAAACCAUAAAAAGGACCUAGAACCAAAUAAAAAAAUAUAGUUGCUCUACCUAAUUAAUGAUGAAUUAAUCCUUCUAAAUGUUCUUGAUUUUAGGUUUCUUCUGUUUUAAAAUUAGUUCUUUUAAUAAUUUUUGAAAGAUUGAUAAAAAAUUGACCUUUCGACUUAAGAGUCUUUAUCAAAAUAUAUUUUUUUUCAAUCUCACAAAAAUUAUUAAAAAAAUCAGAUCGUUGCCUGAUUUAUACCGACCUCUGUAUAAAUUGUUUACAUUUCAAAUCUAAUUUUGCUAUUAAUAUAAUUUAUUCUUUAGUUAGGUGGAGUAAUAAAUCUUCGCGACACUUGAAAAACCUAUAGAGGAUACCAUUUAACUAAUAUUAAAAUACUUUUAUGGCAACGAACGUAGUUUCUAAACUUACUUGGAGCAAUCAACAAAAUUACUUUUGUGUGGGAGGUCUAUCGCACCGUACAGUACACGGCAAUGAACAAUCUGAUCCCCUUGCAAAGAUCAGCGGGCUCUAACCAAAACCUUUUUAAGUUUCCUUGUGUCAUUAACUCAAACAAGAGGAAAUUAGAAACAUAAAUGUAAGACCUAUUUUCAUUAACUAAAGAAGACCUAAUGGAAGAUACUGGUAUGUUCACUGGAUACAGUCUAAUGAAUUACCACGUAAAAAAGAUCGGAGUAAUUCCCAACAGCUCUUGCCGUUUCUGCAAGAAACAAAGGAAACAGCUGAGCACCUCCUUUGGGAGAACGGGUCUUUCCAUCGAAAAAGGGUACGUUACUUAAAUUCACUUAUAUCAAAUUGUAAUUUGCAAAAUAAUAAAUGAAGAAUAAACAAAGGUACUUUAACAGAAACUAAGAGCCGGCGCUGAAAUUGUUUUUCUGAUAGAGGGCUUCGCUUUAUUUUUUGAAUAACUUAUGUUAGUGCUGCAUUUUGGCGUUUGCUGUCUUGAAAAAAAUCAUCACUGAUGAUGAAAAAUGAGUCCUGUACAGUAACGUAAUUCGAAAACGAUCAUGAAGCAAACACGAUGAACCAGCACAAACCACAUCGAAAGCUGAAAACCAACAAAAAAAGCUCAUGCUGUCAGUUUGAUGGGAUUACAAAGUUGUUACGUUUUUUGAGCUGCUUCCAAGGGAUCAAACGAUCAAUUCUGAUGUUAACUGUCAAUAAUUAAUGAAACUGGAUGAAGCAAUCAGAAAAACGGCCAGAAUUGUCAUAUCAGAAAAGUUUAGUGUUCCACCAUGAUAAUGUAAGGCAUCACACAUCGAUGACUUAACCUGGUAAUGAAUUUUUCUAAAUCGUUUUUGUAGCAUAGUAGGUGUUACGUUCUAAAUUUCUUGACUAGUUCCAGCUUUUAUGUAGAUUCUAUCAGAUUUUUUAGUAUAUUUUAUUUAAAAAGAAGUCGAAUGGGGUAAAAUCAGGUGAUUUAGCAGAUCAUGUCACCGUUUUAUUUAAGAAUUAACUUUUUGGAAAUGUUAUCAUUUAAUCAUGUAUUUAAAUAUUCCUAUGGGUAAACAUAAUUUUGGAUGAAAAAAGUAUUUUUCAAAUUCUAACUUUAGUUCACAUAAAACUAGAGACGUGAUUUUUUCCCGUUUAUUAUUGCCAAAUUUUAGCAUUUGAAAUUAAACUUUAUGAGUAUUUUUGUUUCUCAAUUCAAUAUAUAUAAAUAUAAAUAAUGUCAUUAUGUUUAUAUAAAAAAAAUGUUAACUAACAAUGUAUCAAUUAAUUUUUGAAUGGAAAUUAAACGUAUUUUUCCGGAAAUAUAUUUGUCUUUGGAUGUUUGUGCGAUCAACAAAUUACGAUUAUGUUGUUAUAUCCCUACAAUAAAUUCAAAUUUGUUGUUAAAAUUAACGAAAUUAUAAAAUUGGUUUCGAAUAUCUAGUAUUAUGAAAUUUUGUUCUUUGUAUGUAUAUGAUAUAGUCAAACUUCGAAAUCCGGACACUUCUAAGUUUAAUUAGCCAAUCCUCAAGUCUAGCUUAAAGUCUUAAUCAAAGUUUGGCGAAUGAUGAAUUUAGUUAGGCAAGGGUCGAAUCUGAAUUUUAUAAAAUACAUUAUAAUUUUUAUUGUUUAAAUAUUCUGCAUUAUAACAUGGGUUACCAUAUUAGUAGGAUGUUAAAUGCUAGUAAAUAUUCACCAGAAGACGAAGUUCAGCAUUCUCGCCAUCAUUUAAGUGGUCCUCCUUCUUCUGGGCUUUCCAUGUUUUCCUUCUUAACAAGUCUACUGUCUCCUAUUCUUUUUAUAUAUUUGUUCCACAAUUUUCUUCUCUAUCUCACCCACCAUGUGCUGUAUUCCACUUUGCUGUUUAAUAUAUUGAUUCCGAUACCUUGAUUGGUAUUUGUUCUUCCAAACUGUAUCUUUCAGGCAUCCCUAAAUUCGAGCCGCGUACAUUGUUUUUUUCCUUACUUCGUUAAAAAGGUUUUCAAACCUUCUGAUUUCAUUAUAUCAGUUCUUUGGACGUCCUUAAGUAUUUGGUCUUCUCGGUCUUGAUGAGCAUGUUUAGUUGUUUUGCUUUAGUGUUAAAGAAAUGUAGUAGCCCUUGGAGAUUUUCUUCACAUUGGCAAUAGGGACAGCAUAGUUGGCAUAGCAGACGACGUGAAAGGAUGUAUUUCCCAUUUUGAAUCCCGCUUCUUUUGGUAGGGUUUUCUAGUAUGAAAUAUUGGCAUCAUUAAAAUAAAAAUUCAUCUUCAUUCUUACGUCGUGAGCCAUUUAGAAUUGCACAUUAUAUUAGAUUACUCAAAUUUGCAUAAUUUUAAACAGUGCCAUUUUCUCUUAAGAAUAGCGCACAUCUUCGAAAUUAAAAAGAUUCCUUUGCUUUCUUUUAUUCGAUCCCUCGAAAAAAUUUAUCAUCAAUUGCUCUUUGCUGUGAAUAGGUAUGGUUGCAGUUUUCCUAAUCACGAUUUGUGGAAAUUUUUGUUCAGUUAAUUGUUUCAUAACAUUAGUGUGAGCUUAAAGUUCUUAAGUUGCCUUUGCCUUAUUUAUGGAAAUCCUGCAAGACACAUGUACACCUGUUACGAUUGCAGUACAGAUCUACCGAGUCUAGCAAUCUAGUCCUGGAAAGUAAAAUCGACAAAUGAAUCUAUUCGGAGUUGAAAUAUUAUGUAUCUAAUUGAAAAUACAUCGACCUCUAAAAGUUUUCCAUUUUUUCCUGUAGAAAAAAAUAGUAGGCAUAAAAAUUUUCCUGGAUUAGUCCCUUCUAGGAUUGUCUAAGCAAAGCCCGAAACAAAGUAUUUAUCUGUUGACGUUUAACAUUGAAAACUUCUGAGAAAUUGGAAUUUCUUUGUUUUUUUUAAAGCUUUGAUUAAACUUAAGGUAAAUCAGUAAUUUCGC